AUGGCAGCAGUGGCCGGGGCAGUUGUGCUGCAGCCGGCAGUGCAGCAGGGGCAGGGUGUGCUGCACAACAUGCCGGCAGGCAUGGCUGUAAGCGUGCAGGAAGGUAUCUGUGUUUUUUAUGACGUAGGGCUGGCACAGAUUAACGUUCUGCAAGAAAAAGGGCAAGCAAACAGCUCAGAAAGCGAGCCAACAGGGAAACCACCAGACAUGCUACUGAUUGAGGUCCAGCAACUGACCCCAUCUGAAGAGAGGGGAGGAAAGGAACUUUUUUUCACUCUUGGGGAAGCAAAGAGUCAGAGCUGCAAAGCUAGUGAUGAUUUGUCAGACUCAUGUGAUGAAGGUAAAGAGCAGGAAUAUGCAACUCCAUCAGAACAAACAGUUGUAAGAAAUCCCAAGAAUGUAAAAUUUCAGAUUUGUGCUCCGCAUCGGAAAAAAGGAGAAAAAACAGUUUUCAGCUGUGGUUUGUGCACGUUCACCUCGCUUAGAAUAUCAAGUCUUAAUCGUCAUGUGAAAACCCAUUCUGAUGAGAAACGUCAUGUGUGUCACCUCUGCCUUAAGGCUUUUCGUACAGCUACUCUCCUGCAUAACCAUGUGAAUGUACAUACAGGGACCAGACCCUAUAAAUGCAGUGACUGUGAUAUGGCAUUUGUGACCAGUGGUGAGCUUUCACGACACAGGCGUUACAAGCACACUUUAGAAAAACCUUUCAAGUGUUCAGUGUGUAAAUAUUCUAGUGUAGAAGCAAGCAAAAUGAAACGACAUAUUCGCUCACAUACAGGAGAGCGUCCUUAUGCCUGUGACCUUUGCAGUUAUGCUAGUAAGGAUGCAUAUAAACUGAAAAGGCACAUGAUAACUCAUUCAGGUGAAAAACCCUAUGAAUGUUAUGUUUGCCAGGCCAAAUUCACUCAAAGUGGUACCAUGAAAAUCCAUAUGUUACAGAAGCAUGGAGAAAAUGUGCCAAAAUACCAGUGUCCACAUUGUAGUACCUUUAUUGCACGAAAAAGUGACUUGGGUAUCCACUUGCGAAAUCUGCAUUCCAACAUGGCAGUGGCAAUUAAAUGCAGUUACUGUGAAGCUGUUUUUCAUGAGCGCUAUGCUUUUACUCAGCACAAGAAGACUCAUAGAAAUGAAAAAACAUUCAAAUGUGAUCAGUGCAGCUACGCAUGUAAGCAGGAGCGACGCUUAAUUGUACAUAAACGAACCCAUUCUGGUGAUAAGCCCUUCACUUGCUCGUGCUGCAGCAAAAGCUUUCAACGGAAGCAGCUUCUCACUCUUCACUUUAGGAAGAACCAUGACUCUAAUAUUAAGCCUAGAGUUUAUGAAUGCCCUGAAUGUGGUAAGGGCUAUUCACUCCGGAAUAAUAUGCAUAAGCAUGCUGAAAAUUGUGGAUUGGUGAGGGCAAAAACUGCUACACCCAGAAAAAGAAGCAAGGGCAAAAAUAAAACCCAUGAGAACCCAAAGCGUGUUAAGCAAGAAGUUGACCUGGAAUCAUUCCAAGAUGUCUCCACUGUGAAAAAUGAACAUCGUGCCAGUGAGAUUGUUCCUGUUUUAGAUGGAAUAGAAACAGCAACUCCGAGAGAACAGAAAACAGAAAUGACUUGUGAAAUGAUUCUCAACAUGAUGGACAAAUAA